CAAUUCAUGCUUCGCAGGACUUGCUGUAACUGGGCUGCUUAGCGCUCGUCGGUGCCACCUUGGAUAAUCCCAGCGUUUGUGGAUCGAGAUUCGAUGUUCCUGAGUUUGGCUGCAAGUUGGGAAUUGGCGGCCGUGUCAGUUCUGAAUGGCGCAUAGCCGGUAGAGUGUCCAGAGCCGUAUUCAACCAUUCAUUCGGGAAAUCGGUUUGUAACUUUCUUCUUCAAAAGUACCGUCCGGUGGAACACAUCAGUAUACUCUGUCUCGGCAAGAAUGGCACGUUCCAAGGACAUCGCUAUCGUUGCUCACUCUGUGGCUAUGGUCGUCGUCUUAUCGUUUGUCAUGCUACCCUCCGGUACUGGUCAAGUUGUGUCUCAGUCGCUGACCGUGUUGAAUGCUGGUACGGACAGUGAUGAUGCUGACAAUGCAGGACAGCGACGAUCAGUUGACCCUCCAAACCUACCAUUCAGCAGCACGGUCAACAUGCUUGUAGGAACAGGAGGUGAUGGUUUCGGUGUAGGUGGUGAUCCACCUGGAGUUCAGGUUCCGUUUGGUGCGUUACGUCUGUCUCCUGACACGGCAUUGGACAACGUAGCGUUUGGACCACACCACUUUGGAGGAUACCAUCACUCUGAUAACGAGAUACGUUGCUUCUCACACACGCACAUGGUCGGGCCUGGCGUUCUGGACUUUGGCAACAUUGGCACCAUGGCGACACGUUCCGUUCAAAGCAGCAUGUUCAGUAACUAUGGAUACCGUUCCAAGUUCAAACAUGCCAAUGAAACAGCAAUGCCAGGCUACUACCGGGUACUGCUGGAUGAUGCACAAGUCAUUGCUGAGCUGACUGCUUGCGGCUCCCAUGCAGGUAUUCACCGCUACAGCAGUACAGGUAGCAUGCCUGCAAGCCAUGAUCAGCCGAUGGUGAUUCUCUUUGAUCCUUCACACGCGCUCACCCCGGGUGGCUGCAAUGGUAGCUUUGUCGAAUACAACCAUACUACCCAGGAAGUGACUGGCUGGAUGUUAAAUCAAGGUAGUCUGACUCGGCGUAACGGUCACGGCGUGUAUAUCUACUUUGCUGCUCGCAUGUCAGCGAUGAGUGAUGAUACUAUUCAUGGUCACGGUAUCGGUGUUGGGGCAGCAGCAGCUGGUAUACCCGUAGUUAGCAGUUAUGGAACUUGGAACACAACAGGUGUGUACAAUGGUUCAGCGAGUAGCAGCGCUGAAGGAGCAGCUUCUAAUGGUUUCUUCAUCACGGUGUCACAAGACAUUCCUGUGGAGAUAAGCAUUGCCAUCAGCUUCAUCAGCAUGAAACAGGCACGUGCAAAUCUGGACCAGCAAGUUGAUGACCGUACCUUUGACAAGUGCUGUGCAGCAACCAGACAGUUGUGGGAGGACAACUUGGCAAAGGUUAAUGUGACUGGAAGAGACUCAGCUAACGAAGCAAAGUUCUACACGGCGCUGUACCAUUCGUUCAUGGCACCUACUAACUAUGCUGAGGCUGGUGGAGUGUAUCUUGGUGUGGAUGGUCAGGUACAUAGUCUGGAAGCCGGUCAGGACGCCAUGUACAGUGAUAUGUCUAUCUGGGACAUCCAUCGCACCCAGGCAUCACUGUUGGCAUGGCUACAGCCUCAGGUCUUCAAAGACAUCAUGGCAUCCAUGGUGAACAUGAUGGCACAAGGUGGAGACUUGCCCCGAUGGCCAAUUGCUAAUGUGUAUGCAGGCUGCAUGAUUGGUAACCAUGGGUUUCAGAUACUGCUAGAUGGAUUGGUCAAGAACUACAGUCACAUUGAUGUGGGCAAGGUCUAUGCCACCAUGAAGCUAGAGGCAACAUCAGUGCGUCCUCACAACGGCCGAGAUGACUUGUACAACUAUGUGACACGCGGUUACUGCAUAGGUGGACAUAAGAACAGUUCAGUCAGCAAAACACUAGCUUAUGCCUAUGAUGAUUGGGCAAUCUCCGAAUUUGCCAGCAUUCUUGGCCUGACGGCUGAUGCUGAGCUGUUCCGCAACCACUCCAAGAACUACAGGAACCUCUGGGAUGCAGGACGUAAGUUGAUGUGCGGACGGGACGGUGCCGGUGAAUUCCACUGCCCGCUUGAUCCUGAGCUGAAUGAGUGGGUUCUUGAGUCAACCGACUUCACAGAAGGUAAUGCGGCUCAGUGGCGGUGGUUUGUACCACAUGAUGUGCCAGGUCUUGUUCAAUUGUUUGGUGGUUCAAGUGAGUUUUCCAAAGCCCUGGAUGGAUUCAUGGAAGGCUCGCAUCGCCAUCCAUCAAACCUUUUGCCCAAUCCGUACUACUGGGCUGGAAACGAGCCAGACAUUCUAGCGCCAUACCUAUUCAAUUACGCUGCCGGGUCCGAGUAUCUGACACAGAAGCACGUCCGCUGGCUUGUAGACCACCAAUACACAUUAGAAGCGGAUGGGUUGCCUGGCAAUGAUGAUUACGGUACGUUGAGUGCAUGGUGUGUGUGGAGUAUGCUGGGCAUUUACCCACUGACUGGCACCACACAGUACAUUGUUGGCAGUCCAUCCAUCACCAUGGCUACCAUCACCCUUGACAACUCAAAUACUGUAACCAUCGUUGCCCAUAACAACAGCAAAGAGAAUGUGUAUGUGUCAUCGUCGAACGUCGGGCCAUUCCUAAAGCAUGAAGACAUAUCCGGCAGCAGUAGUGGUGGACGCAUAGAGUUUGUGAUGUCUGACAAGCCGAAAACCGAAGAUGACUCCAAUGACGUUUGAGUAGUGUACAGCACAUUCACGCUAUACUGGACAGUGGACACAUGAUACACAAUCAUAAUAUCCAUCAUGCGCCAACCUGGUCCAAUGUUGAUUAUUACUUUGAAGCAUUACGGUAAUACCUUGGUGGCUGGAUUGACAGACAUGGAUGGCAUGGAUAGAUUGAAGGAUGUGCAGUUCUGCUGUAGCUUGCCCGUUUGCGCUAGUACUAUUGCUGGCAUGUAUUUGCUUCCGCUUGUUCCAUUUCAUGCAUUCCUAUUCCUCAACAGUGACUUAUCCGGUUUGACAAACAUGCACACAUGUUGCACACUUGCCUCUUACUUGAUUCCACACAUUGACAUUCCUCAGCAUGCUACUGCAGUAACCUGGAAGUUCACACUUUCAAAUUUGA